AUGAAUUUUGGAGAGGAUGCUGUAGUACUCAAAAACUUAUCUAAAGAAAAUCAAUCUAUACCAAAGAAUAAAACGCUUAUAAAGGCAAUUGAGAACUCGGAUAUAUCUUUUCUUCAGGAAUUACUUGUUUCAGAUUCACGAUUUGAGGACAUAAGCGGACUAUCCAAAUUUUAUAAAUGCAAACUUUUACCAUUACUUACAGAAUUUUUGGAUCAGCCAUUAAGACUUGAAGCAAUACAAUGCAUAUAUGAAAUAAUGACUGAUACAGGAAAUAUUGAUGCGUUUAGCAAAACUUUAAUUGAUCGAUCAGUAGAUUUUAAUAAACUGGUCUUUCUCAAAGGAAAAAUAGAUUAUUUGAAGUAUCUUCAAAGAUCUAAAGCUGAAAAUAAGGCUGAAAAUGAGCAUGUUGAACAGAAUCAAUAG